AUGACUGGAUGUUUAGUAAAAUGUCCUUUUUGUAAUAGAAAAUGUGAUCGUGAUAUUAGAGAAUUAAAUCAUAAACAUGAAUGUAGUUAAGGACAUUUCUUAAGAGGUAUUUAUAUUAUUAAUAUAAUUAUAGGAUUUUAAUAAGUACUUGUAGGUAAUAGUCCAUCUAUAUAAACAUGUAAUGAAAUAAAGAAUGAUUUUAAAGUUUAAAGAGUUGGAUAAGUAUUUUAAUGGGAAUAAAUUUAAUAAGAGCAUUAAAAUUGGUCAUUUAAUUCCUAAAAGUAAGAAUCUUUAUAAUUAAAAAAUUUACAAUUAAAGGCAUGGAAUGAAGGAGUUGGAAAUAUAGUUUCAUAAACUAUUUCAAAGAGAAUGAACAAAAAAAUCAAUAUAAUAAAAGCAGAAAAUAAUAAUUUUUAUUAAGAUUCUAACCAUUAUAUAUUUAUACUUGAUGAUUCAGGAAGCAUGUAAGGAUAAAAAUGGCAAAACAUAAAAUAGGGAGCAAUAGGAGUAAUGAAUUUAAUAAAAGAUUAAUAAUCAAAAGCAAAAUCUUCAGUAAUUGUAUUUAAUACGACUGCCAGAUUGGUUUUGGAUUAAUAAUUUAUUAAUACUUCAACUCAAUAACAAUAUAUUGAAUAUUAAGGUGGAGGUACAGAUUAUGACUAUGCAUUUUCCAUGUGUUAUGAUCAAAUCAUUAAGAAUUUUGAAUAUGAUGGGUUUAAUUUAAAAUUAUAUUUAGAUUUUCCAUUUAAUUUUAUACUGAUGGAGAAGCAAGUGUUCCAGAUGUUGCAAUCAGUAAAUUGAGAUCCUUACCAUAAGAAAUACUUAAAAAAAUCAAUUUAAUUAUAUGUAAUAAUAAUCAUUAAGCCUUAGUAACUGAAACAAAAUCACCUGGAGUAUUGUAAUAAAUAGUAACUUCUUUGGAAAGCUAUCUCAAAAAAGUUUAAUUAAUAACAUCUGUUUAGCCAAAUCAAGCAUCCUUAAUUUUAACUUAAGAUGUUUAAGAUUAAAUUAAAGAAGUAAUUAAUUGA